CCCGCGGCCGGCGCCGCGUCAGCUGAUCUUGGAGUGGCGUUUGCGUGCCGGCAGGUUGGGGUUCUCCGGCCUCGCCAUCCGCGCCGCAGCCAUGUCGUUCUUCCCGGAGCUCUAUUUCAACGUGGACAAUGGCUACUUGGAGGGGCUAGUGCGCGGCCUGAAGGCCGGGGUGCUCAGCCAGGCCGACUACCUCAACCUGGUGCAGUGCGAGACGCUUGAGGACUUGAAGUUGCACCUGCAGAGCACAGACUAUGGCAACUUCCUGGCCAACGAGGCAUCACCUCUGACAGUGUCAGUCAUCGAUGACCGGCUCAAGGAGAAGAUGGUGGUGGAGUUCCGCCACAUGAGGAACCACGCCUAUGAGCCACUUGCCAGCUUUCUGGACUUCAUCACGUACAGCUACAUGAUCGACAACGUGAUCCUGCUCAUUACGGGCACGCUGCACCAGCGCUCCAUCGCCGAGCUUGUGCCCAAGUGUCACCCGCUUGGCAGCUUUGAACAGAUGGAAGCCGUGAACAUUGCACAGACCCCUGCCGAGCUCUACAACGCCAUUCUGGUGGACACACCCCUAGCGGCUUUCUUCCAGGACUGCAUCUCAGAACAGGACCUGGAUGAGAUGAAUAUUGAGAUCAUCCGCAAUACACUGUACAAGGCCUACCUGGAGUCCUUCUACAAGUUCUGCUCCCUUCUGGGUGGGACCACUGCCGAUGCCAUGUGCCCCAUACUGGAGUUUGAAGCCGAUCGCCGCGCCUUCAUCAUCACCAUCAACUCCUUCGGUACCGAGCUGUCCAAGGAGGACCGAGCCAAGCUUUUCCCACACUGUGGGCGGCUCUACCCUGAGGGCCUGGCCCAGUUGGCCCGGGCUGAUGACUAUGAGCAGGUCAAGAAUGUGGCCGACUACUACCCAGAAUACAAGCUGCUUUUUGAGGGUGCAGGCAGCAACCCUGGAGACAAGACCCUGGAGGACCGAUUCUUCGAGCACGAGGUGAAGCUGAAUAAAUUGGCCUUCCUGAACCAGUUCCACUUUGGCGUCUUCUAUGCCUUUGUGAAGCUCAAGGAGCAAGAGUGUCGUAACAUUGUGUGGAUUGCCGAGUGCAUCGCCCAGCGCCACCGUGCCAAGAUUGACAACUACAUCCCCAUCUUCUAGCGUUCUGAUCUAGGGCUCCCCAGCGUGCUAUGUGUGUGUCUGUGUGUGCUGUGACAAAGCCCAGGGUCCACCCGCUGACCUAGGGGACAGCACAUUGUCCCAGGGCGACCCAGCUCCCCAGACCUGCCCCUGCUUCGAGACUGAUCUUAGCCCUGCCAAGGGCUGGGUACCUCUUUCCUGACCAAGGAUGGACCAAGGACCACCCCCCCCCCCCCCCAGAGUAGAGGAUUCCUCAGCGCCAUGUUUACAGCUGCUGGCAUAGUUGAGAAUCACAUGGUCACUUUCCUGUUCCUCCUCCAGUCUGAGACUCCCUGGGUGUGGUGUCACUCCCAGAGCUGCAGGCCCAGGGGAAGGGUAGUGUGGGUGUGUCCUCAGGGCGUAAGGGAGAUGACGGCAGCCCUCCCCCUCAGCUCUGUCCCCCCUCUGAGACAAUAAAACUGCCCUAUCUUA